AUGAAUAGUAAUUGUUGUUGUAGCAAUAAUAGUAAUAAUAAUAAUAAUAACAAUCAACAACUAAAUUUAAACAAAUUACCAUUUACAAUAAUAUUGAAGAUAUUGUCAUAUUGUAAUGGUAAUGUAUUGGGAAAUAGUUAUUUUCAAUUAUCGGCAGUUUGUAAACUUUGGAGAAAACGUACAAGUCAGAGUAUCAAUACAAUAGAGUUUCAAGAUAUAGAGAUACCAAACUAUCCAAUCGUUAAUAGAUUCCUUCAACAAUUUACAUCACUUGUAACACUACGUCUCAAACAAUGUACACUCGAACUAUCUCAACUAUCACUCCUAUUUGAAUAUUAUACAUGUCUAGAAGAAGUAGACAUUUCAUUUUGUAAAUUAUUAUCAUCUCAACAACAACAACAACAACCAAAUGAUAUAUCUAUAUCAUCAUCACCUUUGGAUCAAUUAUCAACUUUAUCAUUAUCUUCUUCUUCUUCUUCAACUUCGACUUCAACCUUAUCACCUUCUACAACAAAUCAAAGUUAUGAUCAACUUUUAUUUUCUCCUUCCAAUUCUUCAUCUUCCUCUCAUUCCUCCAAUUCUUCAUCUAUUGAUAUAGGAUUAUCAAAUUUUCUAUUUUCAUUAAUUGAUCAUAAAUCUUUGGAAAGACUUUAUUUAUCAUUUAAUCAUUUGGAUACUAGGAUGACACAAGAAUUACUUUGUCUAUCUACGGUACCGAAUCAUUUUAAUAUCAAUUUAACUGUCAAUCUAAUGUAUACCAAUGGAAUAGAUGUGAUUUGUGAGAUUAUGAAAACUAAUCAGUCGGUCAUCAAAUCACUUAAUCUAAACAAGAGCAAGAUUGGUAGAGAAACCAAUUCAUUGAUGGUAUUUAGUGAUGUACUAAAACUUAAUCAUAGUUUAACAUCUUUGGAUCUUUCAUCAAGUCAGAUAUCAGAUUCUGCUGCCAAGAUAUUAGCAGAGUCACUAGAGACAAAUGAUACUUUGCUAUCACUUAAUUUAUCUGUUAAUGAAAUAAGACAAGAUGGUUCAGUAUCUUUGGCCAAUGCUCUAAAAGUAAACAAGAGUAUUACAUUGUUAAACUAUUCUUAUAAUCUACUUGGUGAACAAGGUACAAUGGCAUUUUCAGAAAUGUUAAUCUAUAACAAAUCACUGACACAUCUCAACUUAUCUGCCAACAAGAUAACCUUUUCAAAUACUCCAACCAUUACAUUGGCACUUUCUAAAAACACUACAUUAAAGUCACUCAACCUUCUUAGGAAUAUGAUCGACCCUAUUGGAUGUCAAUACAUUGCCAAUGGAUUGGCAAACAAUCAGUCUUUGACUAGUAUCAACUUUUCAAGCAACAAACUUGGUAAUCAAGGUUCAACAUCGAUAUCAAAAGCAUUGGCUAUAAACAAGGGUUCAGCAAUCAAAGAGUUGGAUCUAUCUAGUAAUUGUAUAGAGGAUCAAGGUGCAGCUGCUUUUGCCAAUGUAAUCAUUUACAAUCAAUCAGUAACAACAUUGGAUCUAUCUGUCAAUUGGAUUGAUAGUAAUGGUGUCAUUAGACUAGCUCAAGCUUUUCUUGAAAAUCCAAAAUCCCCCAUUACCUCGAUCAACCUGUCAUGUAAUACCAUUUGUCCACUAGGUGCCAAACAUCUCGCCGAAGCAUUAAUGCAUCCAGAUUCAUCACUGCAUCACAUCAAUCUAUUUAGUAAUUAUAUAGAGACUGAAGGAGCAUUUGAAUUAAGUAAAGCACUUGCCACUAAUACUUCCAUUACCUCUAUCGAACUAUCUGCCAAUCUCAUUGGUAAUGAGGGUGUCAAAUACCUAUCACGUGCACUCUUGACCAACGUUUCUAUCAAAUCCAUAUCACUCAGUCAAAGUCUACUAUCCUACGAAGGUAUACAACACAUUGUAGAAUUAAUGUCAGUCAAUACUACUAUACGAUAUCUCGAUCUAAGUUACAACAUUAUUGGAUCAAGGGGUGCACAAGAACUAAGUCGUGCAUUAUUACAAAACAAAACAAUCACUUCGUUGGACCUAUCGUCAAACUCUUUGGGCGACGAAGGAGCAACAGCCAUUGCAGAUAUUUUCCCAAUCAAUACUACCCUUCAACGAUUAUCACUGUAUAAUAACAAAAUUGGUACCGACGGUGCCAAACAUAUUGUCCGAAACCUCUCUAAAAAUCAUACUCUCUUUUCAAUCAACCUUUUGGCAAAUCGAAUAGAUACUCAAUGUUUAAAACCAAUUUUAAAAAGAUUAGAACAUACUCAACAUACUCAAACUGGUUCAAAUACAAAUUAA